CGGGGGACUGCAGAUAAGACAUAUCCUGCUCUGGAUCUACCCCCUUCCUCUUUCUGGCCACACUACUGUCUACCACACAGAAGGGAGUAGCCAAAGGCAACCUUUAGGUGCAAGGCUCUUCCAGAGGAGUGAGACCACCAUGGCUCAGGAGAGGUUCUUCAUCCUGUUCCCACUACUGGCCCUGGUGCUGCUGGUGCUGGGCUGUGUCCAGCCAUCUCUGGCCAAGGAGUCGAGGGCCGAGAAGUUCCUGCGGCAGCACAUGGACUCGAACACCUCCACCAUCAAUGCCAGCUACUGCAACCAAAUGAUGAAUCGCCGGAAUAUGACGGUUGGACGGUGCAAGCCAGUGAACACAUUUAUCCACGAGCCUCUGCCAGAUGUCCAGGUAAUCUGCUUCCAGGGAAAUGUAACCUGCAAGAAUGGGAAGCCCAACUGCCACCAAAGCAGCUCCAAAAUGCGCAUCACCGACUGCCGCCUGAAGAAAGGCUCCAAAUACCCCAAAUGCGACUACCAGACCCAGCAGCUACAGAAAUCCAUCAUCGUGGCCUGUGAGUGUGUACAGUAUGAGACAGUCCACUUUGACGGUUCUGUGUAGGUCUGCACCUGAGGCCAGAGUAGCAAGAUGCCCCACCUCCCUGUUGUGGCUACUGUUUCUCCCCUCUCCCUUCCUGGCUCUGAGAGAAAGAACUCCAGUCAGGGUUCCUGUCCCAAACACACAUGCGUUCCUACCCAGGACUUGCUCCUGUGUGGUUUGGGGGGUGAGGGGGUCCCUGUGUAAACCACUUCCCGGAUUCUUUCAGUAAAACACAGUUGCAACCACCUGGA